GACGGGUGGAAAGGUGGCGGUCAUGAGUAACGUUGGGACCAGUUCCAGCCAGGCCAGCCAGAGGGUGCAGAUCGCUCCGAGCUCCAGCGCCAGUAAACCCCUGCUGGAGAGGGCGCUGGACAUGACAAAGAACCGAGGCCAGCGGUCGUGGUCCGUGGGUCUGUCCCUCGCCGACAUCACCCACACCGUCCUGACGGGCCGCCACAAGGUCCACUCCAUCUCCACCCUGGCCCAGGGCUGGGGCGGGGUGGUGUCAGAGGUCUUCCUCAGCCUGCCCUGCCUGCUGGGUGCAAACGGAUCAAUGCGUCUGGCCGAGACCACCCUGGGCCAGGAGGACCGCUCUGCGCUCGAGACCAGCGUCACCUCCCUCUCCGACCUUAUGACCAAGCUGAGGCUAUGACCGCUGCUCCAGGACUCCGCUGCUAUGACCGCUGUCCCAACCCUAGCGGCUAGCAGUUAGCACCAACCGCUAGCAGCUAGCACCAACCGCUAGCAGCUGGCACCAACCGCUAGCAGCAAGCACCAACCCCUAGCCAGAUCCUAACUAAACACGGUGCAACUCUACCAAGCGAGACCCAAGCCAGCAUGUUCCUGGUUGGUGUGUUUCACCAAACUGGGUUGAAGAAGACGUGUUGGGUUUCCUGUGCCCGCCAAACACUAACAAAGAUGCAGUCCAUGAAGUUGUGAUAUAACAAAUGUUUUUUUUUAAACACGGGUAAAUAAUGCGAAUGCUGUCUUUUUCCUAAAUUAUGUAUUUUUUCCAUUGUCAUCUCAUUCAUGAAGAAUAAUGCAGACAAAAUGGAUGUAGAAAAAUGUUUAACAAAACUCAAUAUUUUACCAAAGAGAAAUACCUUGACGACCUUUGACCUUUUGCACUUUUACCAGACAGGUCCGUUAGAGGCUUAGGUAAAUGCAUACCUCAUGAAAAGGAUAUCUCCCAGAAAAUGUAAAGAUACACUAAUGUUGAGGUGCCUUUUCUCAUAUAUCCCAACUAUAUAUUUGUCCAUGACAAAAGGUGGAAGUGGUGUAUAGUAUAUAAUACUAAUUAAGUGCAAUAAACGUGAGACUUUACCGUUGUGCUUUUGUGGGAUGGGAAGAAAACGCAGCCAAUAAAGUUGUUCUUUUUUAAAAUAAAGUUCAUUGAACAUCUUUGCACGUUUGGGCCCAAAACACAGUUUAAAGCAGCCUUAAACCAAACUUGCUCAUCUGGC